AUGUCAGGACAGGAGGAUAAGAUUGAGGUGGUAGCUGUGGGCAGUCGAACAUUAGCAAAGUCGGAGGCCUUCAUCAAGGAGGUCGAGGGGGCUCAAGACGCAACACCAUAUGGAAGUUAUGAGGAGGUCCUAGAUGAUCCACGAGUCAUUGCCGUCUACAUCCCCCUACCAACCUCCAUGCACGUCCAAUGGGUGGAGGCAGCUGCGGCAAAGGGGAAGCACAUACUGCUUGAGAAGCCCAUUGCCAUGACGAAUGAAGAUGCGGAUACCAUGGUGAAGGCCUGCGCAGACGCCGGUGUGCAGCUCAUGGAUGGCACCAUGUGGAUGCACAAUCCACGGGCAUCGCUCAUGCGCUCUGUGCUGGACGAUGCAAGGGCGGUGGGCCUGCUGAGGACCACGGAGUCUUUUCUAAGGGGAGACAUCCGGAUGUCAAAGGAGCUGGAUGGGCUUGGCUGUUUGGGUGACAUGGGCUGGUACAAUGUGAGGGCGACACUGUGGGCAUAUGACUUUGAGCUACCACAGUAUGUGCAGGCCUGCCCAGGGUAUAUCUUCACAAAAGGGGAUGUUCCUCUGUACAUUGCGGCCACGCUCGUAUGGACACAAGGGCGCAGGGCUCACAUUGAGGUGGCUGGCACCAGCGGCGCGAUCAGGCUAGAGGACUUUGUCAUCCCUCGCACCGAGAAGGUGUCACAGUUCCAGGUCAGGGAUGGCAAAUUCCUAGAGGACAACGCCACCAGGGUCGCUCAGAGCGCAGAGGAGCGCACGGUGCACCUGGAUCGGCCGCAGGAGACGCUGAUGUGGGAAGCGUUUGGGCGCUGCAUAAAGAGCAUCAGGGCAGGGGGCAGCCCAGACAAGCACUGGCCCAGGAUCGCCACGCUGACUCAGCAAGUGGUCCUCGCCAUCGAGCAGUCUGCCAGAAACGGCGGCAGUAAGGUGGAUUUGUGA